UCUCUCUAUACUCCCCCUACUGUAAACCCUAAGCCUAGGUGGUCUCCGAUGGCGAGCCUUCGAUGCAUUCGCGAGCUGAGCCGUCGCGCCACGAUGGCUCUCUCCAUCAACCAAACACGCUCGAUCUCUUCUCUUCGAGGAUUAGAGCUUUCCGGUAUAACAAGCAUUACUCAUGCCGCCCCAAUCAAGAAUCGAUCUCUCACUAGAGACUUCCCUUGGUACAGUCGCUCCCAGAGUCGCCAUUUCGCUUCGAAGAGAAACGAUACUGAUGAAGGCAGCGAAGGAGAAGAUGAGGAUGAGGAUGAGGAGGAGGAGUACGAGGAUGAGGCGGGGAUGGAAGUAGAAAGGGAAUAUUCACCGGCGGAGAAAGUGGAGGCGGCGGCGGAGAUAGGGUACAAGGUGAUGGGUUCUCUCAAACCGAACGAGCGACUCUUCAAACCGUAUGAGCCAGUGUUUGCCGUUGUUCAGAUUGGUUCGCAUCAGUUCAAAGUGAGCAACGGGGACUCCAUUUUCACAGAGAAGUUGAAAUUCUGUGACAUCAAUGAUAAGUUGACACUGACUAAGGUCCUUCUAUUGGGAUCGGCAAGCCAGACGAUUAUUGGUAGGCCUAUCUUGCCUGAUGCCACUGUUCAUGCUGUUGUGGAAGAGCAUGCAUUGGAUGAAAAAGUGCUGAUUUUCAAAAAGAAACGGAGAAAGAAUUAUAGGAGAACCACAGGACAUCGACAGGAAUUAACAAAGCUGAGGAUAACCGAUAUACAAGGAAUAGAGAAACCAGAACCACAGAUUGUCCUUAAGCCUUCCAAAGCAGCUGUUACAGAGCCACCAGAGCCUGGGCUAGUUGUUUAGACAGAAGUUUUCUGAAGAUUAAUCUUAGAACUUGUGGCUCAGAGGACGAAAAGGCCUUCUUGUUAUUUACUAGGCUCCUAAGGUAACGUGAUUGCCUUUAGGACUAGUUAUCUCGUUCAUCUCCACUGUUUGAUUUUGCUCUUCAUUUGUACUGGAACUCUUUCAAGCUUCUGGAUUUUGUUUUUUUUUUUGUUUCAAAAUUCAUAAAUAAAAACAUGGCGAAAUAGUACACUAUGC